AAAAAAAAAAAAGAAGAACAAUUACGAUUUAGGAUCAUCACCUACAGCACAAGUCUAAUGGAUUCGUCUUCUUCUUCUACUGAUAACGGCGGCGGCAGGCACCGGCCGGAGGAAGAGAGCCCCCUCUGCGCCCGCGGCUGCGGAUUCUUCGGCACGGCGGAGAAUCGCGGCCUCUGCUCCAAGUGCUACUCCGACGAACUCAAAGAGAAGAUGGCCAAAUCGGAGCCGUCAAUAAUCGGCACGAGCCAGCAGGACUCCUCCGUUCUUCCCGCCGCCGCCGAUCAAUACAAAUUCCCGACGGAACUCGAAAUCGAAAAAUUGAUCGAUGCUUUGAAGGCAACAACGAUUCCAGAAACCGACGGCGGCGGCGGCAAACCCUCGGUCUCCGCCGCCCCUCCAGUCGCGAAGAACAGAUGCGAAUCGUGCAGGAAGAAAGUUGGAUUAUUAGGGUUUGUGUGCCGGUGUGGGGGCACGUUCUGUGGGGCCCACAGGUACCCGGAGGCGCAUCCCUGCCGGUUAAAUUUCAAGGAAACCGGAAAAAUUACGAUCGAGAAGGAAAAUCCGGUUUGCAAAGCUGACAAGAUUUCAGAUAGGGUUUGAUCGUUACAGUUUUUUUUUUCUUUUUCUUUUUAAUAAAUAAAUUUAGGACUAUUGAUUUUUUUUUAGCUAAUUUCGAAUUCUUCAUUGACAAUGCAAGAUUGUUAAUAUUACUAUAUUUUUUUUUCUAUUCAAUCCAUCAGCUUUGAUAUGCCUA